AGCGUAGAAGAAGAAACUCCUUAGGGAAGUGUAGCAGCAGGUCGGCUAGCACUCAACCGAGCUGUGUCACAAUUACCGGGGCUUCAACAAAUUCUCAGGAGAAGCACGCAGUCUGGUUUUAAGAUAGCACAAUGGCCACCGAUUCUGGUUAUGGUGGCUCACAGAAUUAUAGUUACGGAGGUCAGCAGGGUGGCCAGAGUUAUGGUCAAGGCCAAGGAAAUGGAGCAAGCAGUUAUGGGGGACAGAGUUAUGGUGGUUAUGGGGGUCAGCAAUCUGGAGCACAAGAGGGAUAUGGCCAGUCUCAAGGAGGCUAUGGGCAGCAGCAGUCCUAUGACAACUAUGGAAAUGAAUCGUCUGGCGAGAAAUCAUAUGGACAGCAGGGUUCAUACAGUGGUCAAGGGCAAGGCGGAGAUAGCUUUGGCCAACAAGGAUCAUACGGUGGCCAGGGACAAGGCGGUGGCAGUGGAGGCGGAAGCAGUUACGGGAGAUGGAACGACGGUGAAAGUGGUGGACAGGGUGGCAGGUAUGGCCGUGACCAAGGAGACCGGUCAGAAGGAGGUGGAGGCGGUGGUUACAGAGGUCGAGGUCGCGGCGGCUAUGACAGAGGCGGUUACGAUCGCGGCAGUUACGAUCGCAGCGGCGGCUAUGACCGUGGUGGCUACGAUCGUGGCGGAAGAGGCGGACAUCCUGGUAUGGGAGGUGGUGACCGUGGUGGCUUCAAAAAUUUCGGUGGCUCUCGAGACUACGGCUCAAGGGAUGACUCUGCUGGAGAUCAGGACAACUCUGACAACAACACCAUUUUUGUCCAAGGCCUGGGUGAAGAUGCCACAGUUCAGGAAGUGGGCGACUUCUUCAAGCAAAUUGGCAUUAUUAAGGUGAACAAGAAGACUGGUCAGCCAAUGAUCAACCUGUACUCUGACAAGGCCACCGGUCGGCCAAAGGGUGAAGCCACAGUGUCCUUUGACGACCCGCCCUCUGCCAAAGCUGCUAUCGACUGGUUCGAUGGCAAAGAAUUUAAUGGCAAACCCAUCAAAGUGUCAUUUGCCACCCGCAGAGCUGAGUUUACCCAGCGUGGCGGAGGACGAGGAGGUGGAAGAGGUUUCAGAGGUCGUGGUGGUGGAGGUCCAAACUUUGACAUGAAGGGAGGAGACUGGCCUUGCCCCAAUAGCUCCUGCGGCAACAUGAAUUUUGCAAGGCGGCAAGAGUGUAACAAGUGUGGUGCCCCUAAACCAGGCGAUGCAGGAGGAUUUGGAGAUCGUGGAGGCAGAGGUGGUUACGGUGGCGACAGAGGAGGUGGAUAUCGCGGACGUGGAGGAUUCCGCGGUGGUGACCGGGGUGGCUACAGUGGUGACCGCGGCGGAUACGGAGGGGGAGGAUACAAAAUGGGAGGAAGAGGUGACCGGAGGGAUGACAGGAGAGACCGGCCAUAUUAAAGUAUUGGCAGAUAGGACAGCGCUCCAGUCACGGAGUCCGCCAUCGAGAGAGCUUUUGUCAAAGUCGAGACAUUUUGACGUGUGCCCCUUUUUCAUAGACUGCAGCGAGUCAUGAAUAUUAUUCCAUCUAUGUGUGAGGCAGUUUGUACAAUGACAAGGACUCGUUGGUUGCGGCAUGUGCUCGGACGAUUUGUUUUAUUUCUUUGUACAUCUUUUAAUUUUUCUGUCCGAUUCUAGGUGCAGAUGUGUGGUAGACUUCGUACCAUUGUUUUGUAUGAACAGAAUAAAAUGUUUUACUUUUGUUUCCUCUUCCCUCAACAAAUAUUAAACUGUGAUCUUUCUUUUCGA